CGGUGCCGGUACCGGUGUGUGUGGAUGUCGGUGCCGGUGCCGGUGUCGGUGUGUGUGGAUGCCGGUGUGUGUGGAUGUUGGUACCGGUGCCGGUGCUGGUGUGUGUGGAUGUCGGUGCCGGUGCCGGUGCCGGUACCGGUGUGUGUGGAUGUCGAUGUCGGUGCCGGUGCCGGUGCCGGUGCCGGUGUGUGUGGAUGUCGGUGCCGGUGCCGGUGUCGGUGUGUGUGGAUGUCGGUGUCGGUGCCGGUACCGGUGUGUGUGGAUGUCGGUGCCGGUGCCGGUGUCGGUGCCGGUGUCGGUGUCGGUGCCGGUGCCUCCCAUCCCGUCGGGAACUGCCCCGGGUUUUCCUGCCCGUCCCAGCCCGUCCCGGUGCGGCGGGGCUCAGCCCGGGGACCCCGGCCCGGUAUCGGUUCUGCUUUCGAGGGGAGGCGGCGGCGAUUUCCAGGGGCGGGAGCCACCUGCCCCGGGAUUCCCCACCUGCCGCCGCCCCAUAAGAGCCCGGUGGCGGCGCCGGUGGCGGCACAGACCGACCGACCUACGAUGGCUCCGCUCCGCCGCCUCUGCCUCCUCCUGGCUCUGCUGCUGCCGCCUCCCGCUGUACCGGCACCGGCACCGGCCCCGGCCCCGCUCCGCCGGCCGGACUGGGCCGCCUGCCGGAUCCUCUCCCGGGAGCUGUCGCGGCUGCUGGCGGCCGUCAAAGAACCGCCCUCGGCGCUGGACGGGAUGCUGCUGCUGGAGGAGGACCCCCAGAAUUGGCCCCCCCGGAUCCGCUGCAGCGACGCCUGCGACCCCCUGACCCUGGAGACCAACAACACGCGCUGCCUGCAGCGGAUCCGCCAGGCGCUCCAGCACUACCGGGACCUGCUGGGCUCCGACAUCUUCCAGGACCAGCCCCAGCCCCAGCUGGAGACCACCAUGGAGCAGCUGCUGCGCCACGUCCAGGAGGGGCACGGCCGCCCACCCCGGCACCCCCUGGCUCCCACCGCGGUCUGGGCGCGGCACCUGGCGCGGCACCUGGCGCUGAAGCGGCUCCGCUCCUUCGCCGCCGUCAUCAGCCGCGUCUUCAACCACAGCGCCCGCUGAGCCCUCCGGACACCGCCCCCCAGCCCUUAUUUAUUCCCCCUCGCCGAGGGGUUAUUUAUGAUGUGUUAUUCCCCCUAUUUAUCUCGGGUAUUUAUGAGUUUCUAAUAAAGCUCCG